AUGUUGAAUAUCGAGUUUUACUUGACUAAAUUAUUAGAAAAGGCAGUUCACUUUGUUAUCACUUCUCCUGAUCCUUCACUAUCAGAUGGUGCUGUCAUCAAGGUAUCUAGUGAUCAUAAGAAUAAUUGUGGUGAUAAUGAUGCUUAUUGUAAUGAUCCCGAGGAUACGCUUCAGCCAACUACUGAAUUUGCUUGUAAACCAGUUGAAGAAAAUAACAAUUCUACCGAGUCAAAUUGUAGGAAAAUAGACGGCUUAAAUAGUACUUCUGAAUGUUCACUGCCUGAAAAAUCUACUGAAAAGAAAUCACUAUCCUAUUUUGAAGACAAUAACAUCAUUGUCAGUAGUUGCGAAGAGAUUCCAAAUGAAGAAGGUGAAGUCGAUGCCAUUUUAACACUUAUGGAACCGAAAAUUGUACAGAAACCUUUUAUUCUAUCGUCUCUCAAUUAUUCACAACCUAAUUCAACAGUAAUGACUACAUCAAAUGAACUUUCUAUAGAACAUUCAACUGAUGGAGGCAUGGAAAGUGGAUGGGAAGAUGCUUGGAAUUUAGACACAUAA